AUGGGGCAGCACGAGCAGGCGGUGAUGGAAGAUGGUAAAUAUGUGUGCACAUUGUGCCCAAAGAAAUAUAGUCGUGCAGCAGCAUAUUAUGCGCAUCUGCAAAUUCAUUGCCUCAACGAUUCACUUGUCUGUAUAUUUUGUAAAGAAGAAUUCGAUUUUCAGGCACUUCUGAAUAGACAUAUGCGUUUGCGACAUUAUUAUCCACGCAUGGAAGAUGUUACAACAGUUAAAAUAUGCAAAAAAUGUGGCAUCGUUAUGUUAACCAAAGAGGCCAUGGAUGAGCACGAGCAGUUGCAUCGCAAAAUAAACAAGACGAUGAAGCGGAAAAAGCGAAAACGAGAGCCUGAUCCCGGCGACCGAGCACACAGAUGUACAGUAUGUAACAAAACUUUUUGCAAAAAAUUUGAGCUGGAUCGGCAUUUUGUUGUGCAUACAAAAGAGCGUCGCUUUAUUUGCGAUAUUUGCAAAAAACGAUUUUCUCAGAAAUCAUCAUUAGCGCAGCACAAGCUUACGCACAGCUCCGAUACUGCACAGAUCCAUAAAUGUACAUUAUGUGAUGCCUCUUUUUCACAGGUACGAAUGAGUUUUUUUCUUUUUUUUUCAAAACGUAUAUAUUUGUUACAGGCUGGAAAUUUGCGUCGACAUGUAAGAUUGCUGCAUCCAGCGGAUGUUACAUCACGUAUUGUUUUUCGAUGUCCCGAAUGUACAUGUGUGUUUAGUUCGGUGCAACCGUUGCAAGUGCACGUGAGAAAGCGACAUCCUGAACAAGCUUCGCUUGAAGAAACAAUGAUUGCUGAGGAAGGACCAUCCAGUGCACAGAAACAAAAUAAACGACGAAGACUUGUUUGUUGCUGUAUUUGCGGGAAAGCAUUUGGAAAAACCUCGGAUUUGGUACGGCACUAUCGGAUCCACAGUGGCGAACGGCCAUACUCUUGUAAUCGUUGCGGGCGAACUUUCACCUUGAAAUCCUCGUUGAAACUACAUAUGGACAGUCAUGUUCGUGCUGAUCAUCCUGAUAAUUAUUAUACAUCGGCAAGAUGUCCUAUUUGCAUGAAACAGCUGGCUUCUGCACCAUCGCUGCGCCGUCAUCUUAAAGUGCAUAAGCGACCACUGGAACAUUGCGGUGUUUGUUCACAGGUCAGUUUUCUGAUAUUCAAAUUUUAUAAUCUUUUUAAAAGUGACGAAUCGUGA